UUACAGAGAGGAGUCGUUCUCUGUUUAAUGCGCAUCCCUUCCCUUCUUCAUCAGUUCAGUCCUCUCUCUCUCCUUUUGCAUAUGUUGAGUUGAGAGAGACGAGAGACCUGAGACAGAGAACCCAUCAUCAGUCCACACCCCGGUCUUGUUGGGUCUCCGUGGAUGUGAAUCAGAGCACUGCAACUCCCAGUUGCAGAGAAAGAGAGAGAGAGAGAGAGAGGAAACUGAGACUGAGACACCAAGGACAGAGUUUGACUUGCAGGUUUCACUGUGAUCGUGCAGAUUAGUUGAGUCUGCUGGACAAUGAAGCAUAAGGAUGGAAAACCCGGGAACCAACCAGAAAAGAAUACCCGGGUUGUUCCCAUGACGAUAUUGCUCAUUCUGCUCUGUGGCUUUUCAUUCUACCUUGGGGGUAUCUUCUGUUCUGAGAAGAACUUAGACCUCAGAAAUCUCUACAAUGUAGCAAAAGCUGUCCCUGCUCCGAAAGAAUCAGCAGUUUCUCCACUUCAGAUUAAGUCGGUGUCAUUUCCUGAAUGCAGCAUCGAGUACCAAGACUACACUCCCUGCACGGAUCCGCAGAGAUGGAAGAAGUACGGCACACACCGGCUCACUUUCAUGGAGCGCCACUGCCCGCCAGUUUAUGAAAGAAAGGAAUGUUUGGUCCCACCACCUGAUGGGUACAAACCACCCAUCAGAUGGCCAAAGAGCAGGGACGAGUGCUGGUACAGAAAUGUGCCAUAUGAUUGGAUCAACAAGCAGAAAUCUAAUCAGAACUGGCUGAGGAAGCAGGGCGAGAAGUUUCUUUUCCCCGGUGGGGGUACUAUGUUUCCUAAUGGUGUCAGUGCCUAUGUUGACUUAAUGCAAGAUUUGAUUCCGGAAAUGAAAGACGGGACUGUUCGAACUGCCAUCGACACAGGGUGUGGGGUUGCAAGUUGGGGAGGUGAUCUGUUAGAUCGAGGAAUUUUAACGGUUUCUCUUGCUCCAAGAGAUAAUCACCAAGCCCAAGUCCAGUUUGCAUUGGAACGAGGGAUUCCUGCAAUUCUUGGCAUCAUUUCUACUCAACGCCUUCCUUUCCCGUCAAACUCAUUUGAUAUGGCUCAUUGCUCAAGAUGCCUUAUCCCAUGGACUGAAUUUGGUGGAAUAUAUCUUCUUGAGAUAAACCGUAUUCUUCGGCCUGGGGGAUUCUGGGUGCUCUCUGGGCCGCCCGUGAACUAUCAACGUCGAUGGCGAGGGUGGAACACGACCAUUGAGGAGCAGAAAUCCGACUACGAGAACCUCCAAAAACUCCUCACUUCGAUGUGCUUCAGACUCUACAACAAAAAGGGUGAUAUCGCUGUGUGGCAGAAGACCUCGAACUCGAGCUGCUACAGCAAGCUCUCAAAGCCCAACAUGUAUCCUUCAAAAUGUGAUGAUAGCCUUGAGCCGAACUCAGCCUGGUAUACUCCACUCAGGCCCUGCGUGGUAGUGCCCAGCCCGAAGCUCAAGAAUUCGGCCCUGAAGUCAAUCGCGAAGUGGCCCGAGAGACUGCAUGUCCCACCAGAGAGGCUCUCAGAAAUUUUUGGUGGCAGUGCCAGCACGUUCAAGCACGAUGAUAGCAAGUGGAUGAUAAGGGCGAAGCAUUACAAGAAAUUGUUGCCUGCGCUUGGGACCAAUAAGAUACGGAACGUGAUGGACAUGAAUACGGUCUACGGAGGGUUUGCAGCAGCUGUGAUUGAGGAUCCAAUUUGGGUCAUGAAUGUCGUCUCUUCAUAUGGUGCCAAUACACUGUCUGUGGUCUAUGACCGUGGACUGAUCGGGACUUACCAUGACUGGUGUGAGGCUUUCUCGACGUAUCCUCGGACAUAUGACCUUCUGCACCUUGAUGGUCUGUUUACUGCUGAGAGCCACAGAUGUGACAUGAAGUUUGUCCUCCUGGAGAUGGACCGAAUCCUCCGUCCUAACGGGUAUGCCAUUAUUCGAGAAUCGAGCUACUUCGUGGAUGCUAUUGCUUCCGUUGCAAAGGGCAUGAGAUGGGGCUGCCGUAAAGAAGACACUGAAUAUUCUGUGGAGAAGGAGAAGAUUCUGGUUUGCCAGAAGAAACUCUGGUACUCCUCUUCUUUGAGUCAGAGCUUAAGUUAGACGGCAAUAAACAUCUAGAAUAUCUUCAAGAUCGAUUGCCAAUAAUAGCACUCUUGAGACUACCGGUAUAGCAAAGUUCGUCGCAACCACGCGAGCCUUAGUCUACAUACAAGUUGAACAACAAGGAAGAUCCACAUUCAUAUUCAUUUCAUCAACCUAAGAAUAGUAACGCAAUAACGAGAUUAUAUUUAUUUAUGCUGCCUCUUUACGCAACAAGAAUACUCUCCAGGAGGCUCAAAAUGUACUCAUCAAUUCUUGCUUUUUCUCUUUUUGUAAUUCUUAUUAUUAAUUGCCGUAGCCGAAAUUGGAUCCUUAGCUUUCUUAAUAUAUAUUGAUUGAUAGCGCCCUCACAAUCAUUGAAGGUGAAGCAAGGAACAUGUACUUAAAUAUAUGAGUGUUGUCUUUGUUCGUUCUUCUUCA